UUGCAGCUAUAUAAGGAACCCAAGUGUGACUCCUUGUUAAGUAUUGCAGUUGAACUCAAGGUGCGAACUCUUAAGCACAGAAAGCAGCAAAGGAGGAGCGAGUAGCGAAGGAAAGAUUCUAAAAUGAGCAGCGGCGCCGGCAAGUUAGUGUGCGUCACCGGUGCUUCCGGUUACAUUGCUUCAUGGAUCGUCAAGUUUCUUCUUGAUCGCGGUUACACUGUCAAGGCCACCGUCCGUGACACAAAUGAUCCGAGAAAGGUAGAGCACUUGACUAAGCUUGAGGGCGCCAAGGAGAGGCUUCAGUUGUUCAAGGCGAAUCUUCUAGAAGCAGGUUCUUUCGACGCCGUCGUUCAAGGCUGUGAUGGUGUCUUUCAUACUGCAUCUCCCUUUUAUCAUGAUGUCAAGGAUCCACAGGCUGAAUUAUUGGAUCCGGCGCUGAAAGGAACCCUAAAUGUUCUUCAAUCAUGUGUGAAAUCGCCGUCUGUGAAGCGUGUGGUUUUAACUUCUUCAAUGGCUGCAGUUUCAUAUGAUGGAAGGCCUCGGACUCCUGAAGUAGUAGUUGAUGAGACUUGGUUUUCCGAUCCAAAUUUCUGUAGGGAGUCGAAGAUGUGGUAUGUUCUUUCAAAGACAUUGGCUGAAGAUGCUGCCUGGAAAUUUGCAAAAGAAAACAACAUUGACAUCGUCACUAUUAACCCAGCAAUGGUGAUUGGGCCUCUUUUGCAACCAGUACUUAACACAAGUGCUGCUGCAGUUUUGAAUGUAAUUAAUG